CAAAAAAGUUGAAAAAUCCCCUCUGAAAAAAUAGCGCCACAUUUUCUCAAACCCGCCAGUUAGAUGCCAUAAAAGCUCAACUCAUCGAACAAUUUGAUUACACUGCCAUUUUACACACAGGGCAGGCUAGGGUUAGGACGCGUUGCUUGAGAAAAACAUCAAAAUGGUGGUGGCUGCUCAUUUGGAAUCAAUGGCUUCGGAGGAUGGGAUGAAAACUAGCAAAAACAAAAUAGCUCCUGCAUCUAAGAAAAAUAUGGCAACUGACAAAAAAAGACAAAAGAGGGCUGCUUCUCCGACUGCUGAGAACCCUGCUGUUUCUCGUAAAAUGCCCAAGCGUGCUGCGGCUUGUUCGGAUUUCAAGGAGAAGUCUUGUCGUAUAUCUGGAAAAGAUUCAGUUCUCGAAACAAAAAAAGAUCGAGUCGUUGAAGAAGAACUCAUUGCUGUUCGUCUGACUGCUGAACAAGAGGAUGGCCGCCCAUGCAGGCGGCUCACUGAUUUCAUCUUCUAUAAUUCAGAAGGAGUUGCGCAGCCUUUUGAAAUGCUCGAAGCGGAUGAUAUCUUUAUCACUGGACUCAUCUUACCGCUUGAGGAAAGUUCUGACAAGGAGAAAGCGAAAGGAAUUAGAUGUGAAGGAUUUGGUCGAGUUGAGGAAUGGGCCAUAUCUGGUUAUGAAGAGGGAACCCCAGUGAUAUGGGUUUCAACAGAGUUGGCUGAUUAUGAUUGCUUGAAACCCUCUGGAAGCUACAAGAAGUUCUAUGACCAUUUUUAUGCAAAAGCCAGUGCCUGUGUUGAGGUUUAUAAGAUACUGUCCAAGCCAUCUGGAGGUGACCUAUGCCUUGAUGAGCUGCUUGCUGUGCUUGUGCGUGCAAUGAGCGGGAUGAAGUGCUUCUCUAGUGGUCUAUCUAUCAGGGAUUUUAUUGUUUCCCAGGGUGAUUUCAUCUAUAACCAGCUUAUAGGUUUGGACGAGACCUCGAAGAAUGAUAUGCAAUUUGCUGAGCUGCCCGUUCUUGCCGCCCUUAGAGAUGAAAGCAGCAAGUUGGAUAUUGAUAAACCUCUGCCUGAUCCUCUUUCAGGUAACCUGAGAAUAGGUCCAAAAUGUGGCGAUGAAAAUGUGACUUGUCCAGCAGAAGAAGAUGAAGAUUUGAAAAUGGCGAGGGUGUUGCAGGAAGAAGAACGCUGGCGCUCGAUGAAGCAGAAGAAAGGCCGUGGCUCAAACUCCUCGUCCAGCAAAUACUACAUUAAGAUCAAUGAGGAUGAAAUUGCCAAUGACUAUCCCCUACCUGCCUAUUAUACAACUUCAAAUGAAGAAACUGAUGAGUAUAUAAUUUUUGAUGGUGGCGUAGAUGUGCUGAACAUUGAGGACUUGCCCCGGAGCAUGUUGCACGACUGGGCUUUGUACAAUUCGGAUUCUCGAUUGGUCCCAUUGGAGCUCCUUCCCCUGAAACCUUGUGAUGAGAUUGAUGUGACCAUAUUUGGGUCGGGUGUAAUGAGUGCUGAUGAUGGAUCUGGAUACAUCUGUGAUGGUGAUUCUGCUUACUCUUCAUAUGGUUCUGAUGCUACUGCUGUUGAAGGGAUCCCAAUUUUCUUGAGUGCAAUCAAAGAAUGGGUGAUUGAAUUCGGGUCUGCAAUGAUUUCGAUUUCUAUACGGACUGAUAUGGCCUGGUAUAGGCUUGGAAAACCUUCAAAGCAAUAUGCUCCAUGGUAUGAGCAAGUCCUGAAAACAGCAAGGCUUGCAAUAAGUAUCAUUACUUUGCUGAAAGAGCAGAUCCGUGUGGCAAGACUCUCUUUCACGGAUGUUAUCAAGAGAAUCUCUGAUUUUAACAAAGACAAUCCAGCUUUUAUAUCAUCCAACUCAGUGCUAGUAGAAAGAUAUGUGGUUGUGCAUGGCCAGAUUAUUCUGCAGCAAUUCUCAGAGUAUCCCGAUAACAACAUAAAAAAGUGCCCAUUUGUGAUUGGACUCACCCAGAAAAUGGAAGAGAAACACCACACUAAAUGGCUUGUCAAGAAAAAGAAGUUCCUGGAGAGGGAUGAACAAAACUUGAAUCCGAGGGCCACUAUUGCGCCUGUUGUGUCCAAAAGGAAGGCCAUGCAGGCAACUACGACGAGGCUAGUCAACAGAAUAUGGGGUGAGUAUUAUUCCAAUUACUCGCCUGAGGAAUCAAAUGAAGGAACCCAAUAUGAAGUAAAAGAAAUUGAAGAUAACGAAGAGCAGGAGGGCAAUGAGGAGGAUGAUACUCUUGAGGAGAAACUGUUAGAACAGGAGGAAACUCACACACCUAGUCCCAUGCUAAGGCAGACAAAGUCCCGUUCAGGUUGCAAGGAAGUAAAUUGGGAUGGGAAAUCUGAGGGAAAAUUAUCUACCGGUGAGUCUUUAUAUAGAAAGGCAAUAGUCCAUGGGGAUGAAAUUGCAGCUGGUGGGGCUGUUCUUGUGCAAGAUGAUGAAUCAGAUGAAUUCCCGUCAAUUUAUUUUGUUGAAUACAUGUUUGAAAAAUUGGAUGGGAAGAAAAUGUUACAUGGGAGAAUGAUGCAACGAGGCUGCCAAACUGUGCUGGGAAAUGCUGCAAAUGAAAGGGAGGUAUUUUUGACAAAUGAAUGUGAGGACUUCCUACUGGAAGAAGUCAGGCAGAAUAUACAUGUUGAAAUAAGAUCAAUUCCUUGGGGUCAUCAGCACAGGAAAGCAAAUGCAGAUGCUGAUAAAGUUGAUCGAGCAAGAGCAGAAGAAAGGAAGAAGAAGGGGCUGCCUACUGAGUAUUACUGCAAAAGCCUGUAUUGGCCAGAGAGAGGUGCAUUCUUUGCCCUUCCAUAUGGGUCGAUGGGACUUGGAUCCGGCUUGUGUGGGGCAUGCCGAGCAAAGGAGGCUGAUGAUAACAAGGAAAAGUUUAAAUUGGAUACAUCACUGACAAGUUUCCUAUAUGGAGGAAUUAAAUAUUCUAUUGAUGACUAUGUCUACGUGAGUCCUUACUACUUUUGUUCCGAAAGGGAAACUGAAAUUUUCAAGUCAGGGAGGAAUGUAGGACUAAAGGCAUAUGCUAUAUGCCAGCUGCUUGAAAUUUGUGAUGUUAAGCAUCGCAAGCAGAGUGAUGCCAGUUCAGUGGAGGUCACGGUCAGAAGAUUUUUCAGGCCAGAGGACAUAUCAUCUGAGAAGGCCUACUCAUCGGAUAUACGGGAGGUCUAUUAUAGUGAGGAGAUGCAUACGAUACCAGUUGAAGUGAUUGAAGGAAAAUGCGAGAUCAGAAAAAAGAAGGAUCUCGGACCUCAAGAUGUCACUUUUACAUAUGACCAUGCUUUCUUUUGUGAAUAUAUGUACGAUCCUUCUAGAGGAUCUCUUAAGAAGUUGCCAUCAAAUAUCAAGAUUAAGUAUUCAACAGAGCAGUUGAAUGAUGAUACUAAAUCUAGGAAGAGUAAGGGGAAAUGCAAAGAAGGCGAGGUCGAUUCAGAAGUUGUAAAGCUCAAAGAAGAAUCUCAGGGACACCGCUUGGCUACAUUAGAUAUUUUUGCUGGCUGUGGUGGCUUAUCUGAGGGACUAGAGCAUUCUGGUGCUUCUCUAACAAAAUGGGCUAUCGAGUAUGAAGAGGCUGCUGGAGAUGCAUUCAGACUCAAUCAUCCUGGAUCUUUGGUAUUUGUAAACAAUUGCAAUGUCAUCCUGAGGGCGGUUAUGCAAAAGUGUGGAGAUGCAGAUGACUGCAUCUCAACCCCUGAGGCUGCUGAGCUGGCAGAAAAGCUCGAUCAAGUUGAACUCGAUAACCUUCCAGUUCCAGGACAAGUUGAUUUUAUUAAUGGAGGGCCUCCUUGCCAGGGGUUUUCUGGAAUGAAUAGGUUCAACCAGAGUACAUGGAGUAAAGUCCAAUGUGAGAUGAUUUUGGCAUUUCUAUCCUUUGCUGAUUACUACCGCCCGAAAUAUUUUCUUCUUGAGAAUGUCCGCAACUUUGUGUCAUUCAACCAAGGCCAGACUUUUCGCCUAACUUUAGCUUCGCUUCUUGAGAUGGGAUAUCAGGUGAGAUUUGGUAUCCUUGAAGCUGGUGCAUAUGGGGUUCCACAGUCUCGAAAGAGAGCAUUUAUAUGGGCGGCUUCUCCUGAACAGCUGCUUCCAGAGUGGCCUGAGCCGAUGUAUGUCUUUGCUGCACCUGAGUUGAAAAUCUCAAUGUCAAAGAAUCUUCACUAUUCGGCUGCUAAGAGUACUACAAAAGGAGCUCCAUUUCGCUCUCUUACUGUCAGAGAUACAAUUGGGGAUCUUCCUCCUGUGGGCAAUGGUGCAUCAAACACAAGUUUACAGUAUCAAGGUGAGCCUAUAUCAUGGUACCAGAAGCAAAUCCGGGGUACCAUGGCCACAUUAAUUGACCACAUCUCAAAGGAAAUGAUUGAGCUUAACCUAAUCAGGUGUCAGAAAAUCCCCAAGCGUCCUGGUGCUGACUGGCGUGAUCUUCCAGAUGAAAAGGUGAAAUUAUCAACUGGCCAAGUAGCUGAUUUGAUACCAUGGUGCUUGCCUAAUACUGCCAAGAGGCACAAUCAAUGGAAAGGACUGUUUGGAAGGUUGGAUUGGGAGGGUAAUUUCCCGACUUCUAUAACUGACCCACAACCGAUGGGCAAAGUUGGAAUGUGCUUUCAUCCUGAACAAGACAGGAUUGUUACUGUUCGUGAGUGUGCACGCUCUCAGGGUUUCCCUGAUAGCUAUAAAUUUUCUGGUAACGUUCUUCACAAGCACAGACAAAUUGGAAAUGCUGUUCCUCCUCCACUGGCUUAUGCACUGGGAAGAAAACUGAAGGAGGCAGUUGAGGGCAAAAGCAAUUGCUAGCUAGAAAUUGCUUGUGCUUUCCAACUCUGACCUUAAGAAUCACAGUUUUUCAAAACUAUGGACUCAUCUGUUUCCCGGGGUUGAAAAAUUUUAUGCGUGAGCGUGAUGCAUGUUUUAGAAAUCUGAAUGGCAACGAGCUAUAUAGAUCCUGAUCAAUUGAACUUUUCUGUUAACAUAUUAGCAAGCUUUGGCUGCUCGUAUUGUUAUUUGGGCAAAUGUAUGUAGCUUUGAGAACACAAAAGGUUAUUUUACCUAGAGUCUGAGGGAAAAAGUUGAGUAUUUAACUGUUUAUUAUUGUAACUGUGGAAAGUUUGCGGCAAGCAAGCCAUUAGAGAAAAUGGAUUCAUAUUAUGUAUUUUCUUCUUUAGAAGUGAUUCCCCUCUUUCAUAUAUAUA